UAGUCCUUCAAUUCGCCAACCAUUGCCUACUUCAAGGUUACCAUCGGAUUCAAUCGUCUUCCGAGAAACGCAGUUUCGCAGUUCGUUGCACCACGUCUCAUUGGUUGUUGGUCCGCGCCCGCGACUCGCUAGACGCAGUCCCCGCUCUCACGCAACAAACCGCCCAAUUACUCGAGGCUCCAAAACUGAACCGCGUGAGCUAUCUUGCAACAAUACCAUUGUAUCCUCGGAAAGAUAUUGGCCGUCCUGUUUCACUACUGGCUCAGAAGCAAGCAACAUUUAGCGGUAGUAGUGCAAAGCUCCUAGGCGUUGCAAAGUCGUAUACUCUGCUACACUGGAUUCAGCCUUGGUGCAGUUGGUUUUGCUCUAAGCUACGAGCAUACACGACGCAUACAAACGACUUGUGCGUCCAAUGUCGCUUAAUCGCCGGCAAUAGCACUCGAAGUUGCUUCUAUCAGACCGAAUGAUCUCGACUAUCUCCUUCGGCCCUUCGCCGUCAGGCGCUCACUCUCGUUUGAGCACCAGCUCGUCUCCACAGCCCUCCAUGUCCUCCGCCAGCGACUCUCCCCUUACGACACCCAACUUCGAUCCGAACAUCUUCUCGACUUCCGAUUCCCAAUCAGACGGCCGACGGGAUUCACGCACAAGUCCUGAUGAUAUUAUACCGAAGGUAGAGGAGGCAGAGCUCGAACUAGCAGAUGUUAAAGAAGAGGCGGAUGAAACUCCUAUCUCCCCAACAGAGCCCGUACGAAUACGACGAGCUCGUGGCCGACCCCGGAUUCACCCGCCCCGCUCGCCCACAACUCUUUCGAAACAGGCCAAAGCACGGUCGAAAACAGGUUGCACAACAUGUCGAAAACGAAAGAAGAAGUGUGACGAAACUAAACCUUUCUGCCUAUCAUGCCAGAAAAACAAUAUUCACUGCGAAGGCUACAAGCCCCUGGAGAUUUGGAGAAGUGGCAAAGAAAGGGCAGCGGAAGCACGGAAACGAAGUGAAGACAUCAAGUUCGAUCUUCCACCUCUGAUGGAAGGUGUUGAGAGCGACCUCGACCGCUCGCUCCUGCAACACUUCGCCAACAGAGCCAGCGCCGUCCUUACCCUGCAUGGUGACAAAGCAACGAAUCCCUUCACCAAGAUCUUGUUGCCAAUGGCACUGCAGCACGAAGGCCUGAUGCACUCAGUGUUGUGCCUGUCCGCUUCGCACAUGUAUUCGAUCAACCCGUCCCAGGAAUAUGAGGACCGACAGGCAUUCCAUCGUGGCAAGGCCCUGCAGCUAUUAAAACAUGAUCUUGAGCGCCAGAACGCCGGAGAAGGUGGAGUGAUGGUCUACGAGGACUCUAAUGUUGCUCAGAUACUGCUUCACCUCCUGCACUCCAUCUGCGAUGGAAACACAUCUGGCGAGUACAGGAUGCAUAUGGUCGCCGCGAAACAAAUUGCGAUGAGCCAAAAGUCUGCCAACCCAGAGUUCCAGUCGCUCUUUGAUGAGUUCUUCUAUUACCACUGGAUUGCAAGUCAGAUCACCUCCAUGGACGGUACUGAUGUGCCAAUGAUGGAUGACUUCAGCUUGCCUUUCAAGAUCAACCCCGAGACCGCCGGCCUCAUCGGUGUGUCUGAUGGUCUUUUCGGCUUCAUUUCCAAGAUCGGCAACCUAAGGCGGCGCUUACGGUCACGCAUCGACAGCAAACUUGAGCCAACCAUGGAUUACGAAGCGUUACUCUCUGCACAUGCCAUCGACUCAGGCUUGCGUGGUUGGGUCUGUCCACAAACACCUGGCACACCUCGUUACACCAUCUCCAUGCUCUAUCGUCAGGCAACAUGGGUCUAUCUCUACCGUACAACGAAGAGCUCUCAUCCACAUCCAUACAUUAAGAGCGCUGUAGAUGACGGCAUACGAUACAUCAACGAGUUGCCUGCAGAAGGUUGGAUCCAGAGCAACGUUCUUCUGCCACUGUUCCUCAUUGGCUGCGCGGCGUUUGAGGAAGAGCAGCGCGUCGAGAUCAACCGAGCGUUCUCAGGCCUGAUUGCCUGCACCGGACUCGGAAACAUCGGCUUCGCCAAAGAAGUCGUCGAUGACAUCUGGAAGCUCAUGGACGCUGGAGAUCAAGAGUCAUGGGACUGGGAGAAGAUCAUCAAUCAAAAAGGAUGGGAUUUCCUUGCUACAUGAGACGGACUUACACACCAUUUCGGUCUUCUUA